AUGGAGAGCCACUUUGGUUGGGAAAGUGCUCUUCAUGAGGAUGGGUGGAGGAAGGGCCCCUGGACUUCUGAGGAAGACAAGCUGCUCAUGCAGCAUGUCAACCAGCAUGGUGAAGGGAGGUGGAACUCUGUCUCCAAGCUCACAGGGUUGAGGAGGAGCGGGAAGAGCUGCAGGCUUAGGUGGGUGAACUACCUGAGACCAGACCUGAAGAAAGGGAAGAUCACCCCACAGGAGGAGAACAUCAUUCUUGAGCUGCAUGCUUUGUGGGGAAACAGAUGGUCGACGAUUGCACGGAGCUUGCCUGGGAGGACAGACAACGAGAUCAAGAACUACUGGCGGACGCACUACAAGAAGAGCAAGCCGUCGAAGAGCGUGGAGCGGGCACGGGCGCAGUUCCUGAAGCACCAGCAGCUGGAGCGAAAGAAGCAGCAGCUGCAGCAGCAGCAGCAGUUGCAGUUGCAGCAGUUGCAGCAGCUGCAGCAGCAGGAGCAGGUGCUGCUGAUGCAUCCUUACGACAUGCAGCAGAGGCUGACUGCAGGCGCAGAAAAGGAAGCAGAAGCUCUGGCAGUAGCUGCACAGCAGCAGAUGCAGGAGAUGGACCAGUUCCUGCUGUACCCGGGAUCUUACGACCUGCUGCAGGGCAGCAGCAGUGGCGGCGGCGGCGGCGGCACGACGAGCGAGGACGGCUCGACGACCGAGGACGGUGGGGGAGGGUGGGGGAGCCUCUGGAACCUCGAUGACGUGUACGGUGACGUCGGCGUCGGCCGCGUCGGGUGUCGUGGCAACCUCGUGAUGCGUGCCGAGGAAUUUGCCUUUUACUAUAAUAAUAACAACAACAACUAGGAGAAUAAAUAUUAUAUUAUAUAUAUAUAUAUAGGAUAAAAAAAAUUUCUUUUUUUUUUUCUCUUUUUUUUGGUGUAAAAGAGAGGAAUUAAUUAGGAAAGAUAGAGAGAGGUGGGGAGGGGUAAUAUAUAGUAGCUUUUGUCGGUGGAUAAUAAGUGUGCAUUAAUCCACUUCUAAGUGGGCUAAUGGUAAUUAACAUGUCAUUA